UCCRCGGGGUACUUCACUUUUCAUCACUGGCCAUUCACAACUUUCACGCAAACUUCAAAAKCAGUGUGAGUUCCUACUUCGUAAACCCCCCAAAAAGCAGAGCUAGUGCCAGAAGCUCCUUAUGAAAAGUGCGAAUUUCAACAUGYUGGCCAUUGUUCUAUUUACCACUUWUAUACAUGCGGCGAAUGCUGCCUUCCUGAUGUACCCAUUACCCAAUCCUCUACAAUCAAARUUUCUYACGAACCAAAGUCUCAUGUAUGGBUGUAGUAAGUCCUCUGACUGAAAAUUCAAAGAAUGCAAAUYGUGAAUGUAAAACAGUGAUGAAGAAGGGAGAGAGAAGUAUCAUUAGAUUCACCCCGGAAGAACUCGAUACUAAACGACUUCCCGUCUGUUCUUUUGAAACUAUUCCUUUGUCAUUUCUUUCGCUAGGAAUGGGAUUCUAAACGUGGUCUGGAAGGAAAUUAAUUACCUUAAUUCCUUAAUUACUGCUAACUGGAACUUGACGUUUCUGUUUCGCAAGAAAACUGCUGAAAAAUCAGACCGAUUUAUUUCACAAAAUCAGUUAUUUUAAUUUUUACAUAGAAUUUUAUGUUUUUGACAGCAAAGCAAGUUCCAAAUGUGAUUGUGUCUGUGCAUCCAAAUUACCCGACGUGUCACCAGCAAAUGAUAGGAUACGCGCAAUUCACGCCAACGGUCGAUAUUUUAGCCGCAACGUGUUCUGGAAAUAUUUACUAUAAUGGAAUCCUACUUGGAGCCGGGCGUCCGCAAGAUGUUUGUAUGGGAMGACACACUCCUUUUCAUUGUCCAAUUAUAAAAGGAGUGACCCAAAAAGUGAGUUGGCCGCUAUCUAUUCCCUGUUUUAUCUUGAAUUUAAAGGGUCGUUAUAGUAUCGAAGGAUACUGCGUGAACUAUGAUGGAUCAAUGAUUGGGUGUGUCCAGUACAAUUUUACUUGGCAUGGUACUGCAGACAGUGACCCGGAAAUUCCAGUUCGUUUCAAGCCUUUCUAUAAUUAGCUAUUGUCAAUAGUYAAUAUCGUCUAAUUUUGUAAAGUGUAUUUAAAGCCAAUUAGUAAGUAUUAAUUGUAAUAAGUACGAAGUCUAA